AUGGAGGUCCUUCCUUACAACUUACAGGACUUCAAGGAUCUGUUGCUAACAUCUCAGUGCCAGAUAUCACAGCACAUCUUCAGGGGUCGAGUGGAAUCCAUGCCUCAGGACUGUUUUGGCAGCAAAAGAGGGACCAACACAAAAUCAGGGGACAGGAUCUUUGGCUCUGGAGUUAAACUGUACGUAACAGAUAUGCCGGUACUGAAGCCCUCGGUGACAGUGUACCAAGCAGCAUCCAGUGAUCAUCUGGAGGAGAAGAGAUCCCUGCUGUGUGUGGCCUCACAAAUGGUUCCUCCUGUGGUCCAGAUCACCUGGAAAAGGCAGGAGCAGGACGGAUCUUCGCUGGCAUUGACCCCUGGUGGCACAGAACAGCUGGACGUCAUAGAGUCCGAUUACACUGCCAGCAUCUUGUUGAUCCAUCAGCGAGACGAGAACUCACAUACAUAUGACUGUUCUGUCACACACGAGGGGGGGACGGUGGAGCAACAAAUAGAGGAAGGAGUUUCUCAAAGUCCACCAAAAGAACUUCCACCAGAUACACUUUCCACCAAUCAAACUUUAACAGAACGUCCAUCAUCAGAACAUCCUGUGUCUCAAAAACAAGUAAAACUGCUCUGCCUGGUGUACACGGUGCUGAUCACGAAGAGUCUGGUGUACUGCUGUGGAGUCUUUCUGCUCAGGCUCGUCAGACGCAACUGCAAACACGCAGCUGACUGACUGUUUCCUUCUUCUUGGCUUAUCGCUUUUUAUAUCAUUUAUCACUCAGGAUUUAGAAAAAUCUGUAACAGUGCAGCAUUUUGGCUGUUUUUUUACUUUCUUUUUUAUUUCAAUAUUAAAAAAGAGCUGAAACAGAAAAGGCUGAAUUAUUAGCUCCCUAGUAGAUAAUUCAUCAUUUAUAGCAUUUGUUUAAUUAAAACAAAGUGUUGCCUGCUCUUCAAAGUAUUUCUCUGCAAUAUUCCAAAUAAAGCAAACAAAAAAAUCUUGCUUGUUUGAGUUUAAUUUUGUAGAAAACUGCGAGAAACAGCAGCACUCCCAAUACAUGCUGAUAGGCAACGACUAGUGGUAAAA